GGCAUAGAAUUUUUUUUCUGUUUUGUUUGUUUAUGCAAACAGUGGUGGGUUAUCAGGUUAAAAUAAUGGGAUAUGGUCUAAGAAGCAGCUUCUCCGCUCCUUCUGGAAUCUCUCCCUAGUUCAGCCCACCUAUCUCCACUCCUGCCUCUACCAUGUCCAUCAGGGUGACCCAGAAGUCCUACAAGGUGUCCACCUCUGGCCCCGGGGCCUUCAGCAGCUGCUCCUUAAUGAGUGGGCCCAGUGCCCGCUUGAGCUUCUCCCGAGUGAGCAGUAGUGGCUUCUGGGGUGGCCUGGGUGCAGGCUAUUUUGGGGCCAGCGGCAUAGGCAUGGGAGGUAUCACCACCGUCACCAUCAACCAGAGCCUGCUGAACCCCAUUAAGGUGGAUGUGGACCCCAACAUCCAGGCCGUGCGUACCCAGGAGAAGGAGCAGAUCAAGACCCUCAACAACAAGUUUGCUUCCUUCAUCGACAAGGUGCGGUUCCUGGAGCAGCAGAACAAGAUGCUGGAGACCAAGUGGAGCCUCCUGCAGCAGCAGAAAAUGGCUAGGAGCAACAUGGACAACAUGUUUGAGAACUACAUCAACAACCUGAGGCGGCAGCUGGAGACUCUGGGCCAGGAGAAGCUGAAGCUAGAGGCGGAGCUUGGCAACAUGCAGGGGCUGGUGGAGGACUUCAAGAACAAGUAUGAGGAAGAGAUCAAUAAGCGUACAGAGAUGGAGAAUGAAUUUGUCCUCAUCAAGAAGGAUGUGGAUGAAGCUUACAUGAACAAGGUAGAGCUGGAGUCUCGCCUGGAAGGACUGACUGACGAGAUCAACUUCCUCAGGCAGCUGUAUGAAGAGGAGAUUCAGGAGCUGCAGUCCCAGAUCUCCGACACAUCUGUGGUGCUGUCCAUAGACAACAGCCACUCUCUGGACAUGGACGGCAUCAUUGCCGAGGUCAAGGCGCAGUAUGAGGAGAUUGCCAACCACAGCCGGGCUGAGGUGGAGAGCAUAUACCAGAUCAAGUAUGAGGAGUUGCAGAUGCUGGCUGGGAAGCACGGGGAUGACCUGCGGCGUACGAAGACUGAGAUCUCCAAGAUGAACCGGAACAUCAGCUGGCUCCAGGCUGAGAUCGAGGGCCUCAAAGGCCAGAGGGCUUCCCUGGAUGCCGCAAUUGCAGAUGCUCAGCAGUGCGGGGAUCAGGCACUCAAGGAUGCUCAUGACAAGCAGAAGGAGCUGGAGGCCGCCCUGCAGCAGGCCAAGCAGGACAUGGCAAAGCAGCUCCGUGAGUACCAGGAGUUGAUGAAUGUCAAACUGGCCCUGGACAUCGAGAACACCACCUACCACAAGCUACUGGAGGGUGAGGAGAGCCGGCUGGAGUCUGGGAUGCAGAACAUGAGUAUCCACACGAAGACCACCAGCGGCUAUGCAGGUGGACUGAGCUCUGCCUAUGGGGGCUUAACAAGCCCCAGCCUCAGCUACAGCCUGGGCUCCAGCUUUGGCUCUGUCAUGGGCUCCAGCUCCAUCAGCCGCAUCAGCUCCACCAAGGCUGUGGUUGUGAAGAUUGAGACCCGCGAUGGGAGGCUGGUGUCUGAGUCCUCUGACGUCCUGCCCAAGUGAACAGCUGCAAUAGCCCCUCCCAGCCUGCCCCUCCUGAGGCUGCCCCAGAGCCCAGGAGGGAGGUUGCUGUGCAGAGGAGCGCAGGGAACAGGAGACCCACCUGACCCUCAGCCCUAGCCCUCAGCCCACCGGCAGGGAGUUUACUGCCUGGGGACCCCCCUGGCCCAUGCCUCCAGCUGCAAAACAAUUCAAUUGCUUUUUUUUUUUUGGUCCAAAAAUAAAAUCUCAGCUAGCUCAGAAAAAAAAAUAAAAUAAUGGGUUAUAAGAGUAUUUGCAAGCCUCAUGGUAACUU